AUGGUUGCCGAGUUCUUCGGCCCACCGGACGAAAGUACACUGCGCCUUCGAUUCCCUGGGGCUCAGGAUGCCGAGCCUUGUGAGCUUUUUGGGGACGUCUCCGUGGUCUGCUCCUUCAGCCAGAACCUGGAGGAGCGACUCUUUGGAGAUGGCAGGGCCGAGGUUUUUUUUGAUGCCCUACCUGGAGACGGACUUCAGAUGCAGCAAGGUGACUUGCCGGCCUGGAGGCGCAUCCUCGCAGAACUACAUGAAACUCCUUUACGAGACCUUCAAGGGCCAGUGGCUGCACCUCCGCUCUGCCUGCAGGACAUCGCCGUGAUUUGUUUUUGUGCUCCGACAGUGGCUGACGUCCGCUUGCGCGCGCCAGCGACAAGUGGAGUGGUCUGGGAGUUUCUCUGUGACGGCAAGGCGCUCUGCGAUGCUUCUCCAUUCUUUGCGGCGGCUUUGCGCAGGAAUUGCUGGCUCGAGGGCCGAUGCCAAGAGGUUCGGUUUAUGGAGGAGGAUGCGUGGACUUGGUCCCGUGCGCUGCUCCUUCAGCUGCAUGGCUCGGCUGAGGAGCGCCGCUUCUCGGCGCAGCUGCCGCUGCUCGAGGAGGGGGCCGACACGGCAUCCGGCGUGACGGAGCUGAUCUUUGCAGAGAUUCGCCUGGCCGCCUUGUGCAAGAAGUAUUUGCUAACUCGCUCGGAGCAGCUACUGCUGCAGCGACUUCGCGAAGGCUCUGGGCUCGUUCCAAGGCUCAGCGCUUUGGAAGAGCUGGAUUUCAUGAAGAUUGCAAACCAGCUACAGCUGCAUGGGUUGCUGCCAGCUGUGCUAGGCUCCUGGUGCUUGUCAUACGCUGCAUCAAUGGCUCGGCCAUUGCAGAUGCUCCUGGCGGCGGGUGGCAAGUUGUCCCAAACUGUACUCGACUGCCCCGGGGCGGUUGCCUACAUUGCCAGCGGGCGAUUUCUGUGUGCUUUGAGGGACAGCAGGGAGUCUGUCAGCCGUAUUCUGCUGCUCAUGGCAGAGCGCGGUUGCCUCGACCUGUUGCAGAAGUGUCAGCGCUGGGACUGGUUGGACUCGGCGGACGACGUGUGGCAGGUUCUGACCGAAGAUUCCUUGAUGCCACUUACGCAGUUGCCCGCUUUCAGGCAGGAGCUGCGACAGCUUCGGUUUUGCUCGCCGGCGCUGGCGGAGGCCCUGGAGCCUUUUCCGCGACUCCUCGACGACCUGCUGGAUGCUUGGUUCGGAGCUGACGAGGAGGGCGAGGUGAGCCUGAGCCUUGCAGGUUUGGAGCUCGUGUCUUGGGCCGAGCGCUGUACCCGCUUUCGCCAAAACUUCCUGCGAGCACAGCUGAGGGAGCUCAGCCCCAAAGCCUUCGCAAGCUUCUCCAGAACUGCACCCUUGGACCAGGAGGAGAUCGGCUUUUUGGUGCAGCAGCGCCUUCAAGCAAGCCUCAAGUCGCUUUGUGAAGCUCCCCUUCUGCGCAUGACAUGCGCAGAUGCUCCCAGUUUCGCAGACUUUGACGGACCUCUCCUGCGGCGGAUCUGGAGGUUCAGGCUACUAGGCCCCUUCGAGCUGGGCGGUGCUUUGGCUUUGGUUUUUGUGAGGCCCUGGUUCCUUCCGCUGCGCCUCACCAUGCUUGGCCUGGAUCUACUGCGGGGCCUGAUGUCUUGGAGCAUUCCCACUUCGCUGUACCGCAGCCGCCUUGCAGCGGAAUCCCACUGCUUCUGUGAGGCUGCCCGCGUUUUCCGGGCAGUGAUUGCGGCGGCCUUCGACUUCGAAACUUGA